UUGGUGCGAGGUAUGCUCCUCCACCUUCCUUCUCAGAAUUUUAUCCACCUUUGACUUCAUCCUUAGAAGAUUUUUGUUCUUCUUUAAAUUCAUUUUCCAUGAGUGAAUCCAAACGAGAUCUGUCCACCUCAACUUCUAGAGAGGGAACAACGCUUAACAUCAGUAAUUCUUCCCUUUCGCUUAUAAAUGGACCAGGUAGCCUGUUUGCUUCUGACAGUUUCCUGGGAAUUUCAAGUCAUCUUAGAAAUGAUUUUGGAAACUUUUUUGGAAGUGCAAUUACUAAACCAUCUCUAUCAGUGACCCCAAGACAUCCCCUCGAAGGAACCCAUGAAUUGAGACAAGCCUGCCAGAUCUGUUUUGUAAAAUCAGGCCCUAAGUUAAUGGAUUUCAUUUACCAUGCUAAUAUAGAUCAUAAAUGUAAGAAAGAUAUUUUAAUUGGUAGGAUAAAGAAUGUUGAAGAUAAAUCAUGGAAAAAAAUACGUCCAAGACCAACAAAAACAAAUUAUGAAGGACCAUAUUAUAUAUGUAAAGAUGUUGCUGCCGAGGAGGAAUGUAGAUAUCCAGGCCACUGCACAUUUGCUUAUUGCCAAGAAGAGAUAGAUGUCUGGACUUUGGAACGGAAAGGGGCAUUCAGUCGUGAGGCUUUCUUUGGUGGCAGUGGAAAGAUCAACCUUACUGUGUUUAAACUACUCCAAGAGCAUCUUGGAGAAUUUAUAUUUCUUUGUGAGAAAUGUUUUGAUCAUAAGCCUAGAAUGAUAAGUAAAAGAAAUAAAGAUAAUUCUACUGCUUGCUCUCACCCAGUUACAAAGCAUGAGUUUGAAGACAAUAAGUGCCUUGUCCAUAUUUUACGAGAGUCAACAGUAAAAUACUCCAAAAUACGUUCUUUUCAUGGUCAAUGUCAGCUUGAUUUAUGUCGACAUGAAGUUCGAUAUGGCUGUUUAAGGGAAGAUGAGUGCUUUUAUGCUCAUAGUCUUGUGGAAUUAAAAGUCUGGAUAAUGCAAAAUGAAACAGGUAUCUCACAUGAUGCUAUUGCUCAAGAAUCUAAACAAUAUUGGCAAAAUUUGGAAGCAAAUGCACCUGGAGCUCAGGUACUUGGCAAUCAAAUAAUGCCUGGAUCCCUUAAUAUGAAGAUAAAAUUUGUGUGUGCUCAGUGUCUGAGAAAUGGUCAAGUCAUUGAACCAGAUAAAAACAGAAAAUAUUGUAGUGCAAAAGCAAGGCAUUCGUGGACCAAAGAUCGUCGUGCGAUGAGAGUGAUGUCUAAUGAACGUAAGAAGUGGAUGAACAUCCGUCCUCUCCCCACAAAGAAACAAAUGCCUUUACAGUUUGAUCUGUGCAACCAUAUUGCUUCUGGGAAAAAAUGUCAAUAUGUUGGGAACUGUUCCUUUGCUCAUAGUCCUGAGGAACGAGAAGUAUGGACUUACAUGAAGGAGAAUGGAAUACAAGAUAUGGAGCAGUUUUAUGAACUCUGGCUAAAGAGUCAAAAAAAUGAAAAAAGUGAUGAUGUAUCCAGUCAGUCAAACAGGGAGAAUGGAAAACAAAUUCACAUGCCGACCGAUUAUGCUGAAGUUACUGUGGACUUCCACUGCUGGAUGUGUGGGAAGAACUGUAACAGUGAGAAGCAGUGGCAGGGCCACAUCUCUUCCGAGAAGCACAAAGAGAAGGUUUUCCACACAGAAGAUGACCAGUACUGCUGGCAGCACCGCUUUCCAACAGGAUAUUUUAGUAUCUGUGAUAGGUAUAUGAAUGGUACCUGCACAGAAGGAAGCAGCUGUAAAUUUGCCCAUGGAAAUGCUGAACUUCAUGAAUGGGAAGAAAGAAGAGAUGCUCUAAAGAUGAAGCUCAACAAAGCACGAAAAGAUCACUUAAUUGCCCCAAACGAUAAUGACUUUGGAAAAUAUAGUUUUUUGUUUAAAGAUUUAAACUAAUAUGCUGGCUUUUAUGUACGUUACCUAAUCAGAGCACUGACCAGAAAAAUUGAAAGUGUUCUAAGGCACGUAGCAGAGGAGCUGCAGAUUUUCUGCUUGUAUUGGCGUCUAUCGUUCCUCCUGAGCAGCAACCCACAGUAGGUAGGAAAAUGGGCUGUUUCACAGUUCUGGCCACGCUCUCACAGAACCAUUGGCUCCAAUGGUGAAGUGACUGCUACCCGGUUGCCAUCUGUUGAACAGACUUUUGGAUGGAUGAAGUGUGUUGGAAAAGAGGAUAAGGUUAUGUCUAGGAUGACUCAUUGAGUUGGUUCCUUCAGAUAAGAACCAUGAUGGUAAGAGAAUAAACACUGGUACUGGGAUCAGAAUACAUGAUGGAUGAAAUUCUUUACAUGUUUUAGUGGAACGAAUUUGUUUAAUAUAAUAAAGUUUGCUACUUAUCUGUAUGUAGGUUGCUAAAAAGGAUUUUCUUAACUCAGAUUUUAAGCCAAAUAACCAUUUAACACUAGUAUACGUUAAAUGGGGUAUUUUUCUGUAUUUGUAUGUUUCACUAUAAUAAGGGAACUGAUGAAAGCGUGCAUUGAGAAUAUUUUGAAAAAUAAUCAAUUGACUCAAAUUUUAUUUCUUGGUCUUUUGCUGUUUAAAUGAUGAUUUUGAAAGAUUAAACUCGUACUGUUGGUAUUGCGUAGUGUCUGGACCAAUAUUGCCUGUAAUAAAGAUUUUAUAUAUAGAUGUC